AUGCCUCGUCAUGAUGACCGCUAUGGUGACACAACACGUCUCUAUGUUGGCCAUUUAUCUUCAAGGACCCGAUCUCGUGAUCUAGAGGACAUCUUUCGCAGAUAUGGGAGAGUACGUGAUGUAGAUAUGAAGCGUGACUAUGCAUUUGUGGAAUUUAGUGAUCCUCGAGAUGCUGAUGAUGCACGGUAUGGCUUAAAUGGACGGGAAGUUGAUGGGAGUCGCAUUAUAGUUGAACAUGCGAAGGGUGUUCCACGUGGUCCAGGCAGCUCGCGUGAAUAUCUUGGCAGAGGCCCUACACCAGGAACAGGACGCUGCUUCAACUGCGGAAAUGAAGGACACUGGGCUCGAGACUGCAAGGCGGGAGACUGGAAGAACAAGUGUUAUCGCUGUGGAGAGCGGGGUCAUAUAGAAAAAAACUGUCAAAAUAGUCCCAAGAAAAUUGGACGUAGACGGAGUUACUCCCGCUCACCUUCUCCUCAUCAUGGCAGAAGCCGACGCCGUAGCUAUAGCCGGAGUCCUAGCCAUAGUCGAUCCAGGUCACCUCCGAAGAGGGAGCGUAGCAUCGAGCAUGGAGAAAGAUCAAGGAGUGCCUCACCACCCCCAUCCAAGGGAAAGAAGCACAGCCCAAUGCCUGUGAGAAAUUCGAGGGAGAGGGUUUCACCAUCCCUGAGUGACGGUAGGGAAGCCAAUGAGUUAGAGUAUGACUCAAGUCCAAAUGGAAGGAUCGGGAGCCCAAAGGAUGAUGUAGAUCAGGAUCAAAGACCCAAUGAGAGAAGUCCUGUUGAAGAAAAUGGUCGCAGCCACAGCAUUAGCCCUAGGGACAAUGGGAGUCCUAUUGAUGACGGUUCUCCAAGGGGCAGUGAUUAG